CCGGCAUCUACCCCCCCCCCCCACCGGGCCAUCUUUUGCAACAAAUGCUAUGCGCGCGCACUCGCUUAUCCAAAUCAGAAGUUGCCACGGCCUGGCGCACUUCCAUGGCCAGGCGCCCCGUAGGAUCUGGGUGGAGCUUUCGCCCGACGAUCGAGAAGGUGACGAUGAACCGAUGGUUGGCGUUCUCAAUAGAACCAUAUACGGCGCUGUGGACGCGAGCCAAGUGUGGAAGAGCGACUACGUGGAGCUGCUGAAGGACAAGGAGGUGUAGCCCGGCGAUCUUGGGGCAUCCAGAGCGCGAUGUGGCUUUGAAAGUACAUGGAGAUGAUUUCGGAGUGCUGGUGUCUGCCAGCGACGAGGGGUGGUUUGACAAGUCCUUGACCAUGUACGACUUCAAGGUGACUUGGAGGUUGUCUUCAGCUUCAGACAUGGUUCAGAGUGUUGCGAAUAUCAACCGGUCUUUGGUUUGGGUUCCAACAGUUGGCGAGGCGGGGAUCGAGGCGGACGUUGGGCGCGUGGACACGAUCAUUCGCGUUUUGAACCUGGACGAUGCCAAGUCGACCCAGACGCCCUCGGUCAAGAAGAGCGCCAAGCAAAUGUUUGCAGCUGCGCAGUCACCAUCACCCGACGAGAAUGAUGCUAGAUGUUGCAUGUCUUUGGUCAUGCCAGGUGAUUAUCUGAGUCAAGAUCGGCCCGAUCUGAGCGACGCGACCCCGACGCUGGCAAUGAGGAUGAAGGCCUCGACGGCAGCGGACAUGAUGGAUUUCCAGCGUUCAAGAAGGCACCUCAAGUUUACCCGAGCUGGGAGUCCAACGCAAGCUGCAAGCUUUACCUGACAGAGUGGACGCGCAUGUAGAUGCUGACUGGGCGGGAGAAGCUACGACGAGGAAAUCAAGGACAGGCAUGAUGCUGAUGAUGGGUUCCCGCCUAGUCACGCAUGCUCCGAAGAGUUAGACCAGCGUGGCCCUCUCUAGUGGAGAAAGUGCGUACUGCGUCAUGCUGAAGGGCGCGACGAACCCACUCGGUCUGCAGUCCAUGCCGUCGAUUUCGGCGUCAGGCAACCGUCUCCGAUCAAUAUGACCUUGGCGCCAGUAGAGCUGCGCAGUGACAGCGUGGCUGCCGAGGGUAUUGCGAAUCGCCAAGGACUGGGCAUGGUGAGUCAUUUAGACGCGAGGUUCCUGUGGCUCCAGGACCAGGUGAAUGCCAACAAGAUUGUGCUCCAGCAGGUUUCUUCACCAAGCCGCUAGACCAGACACAGAUGAGACGGCACUAUGAGAAGAUGGGUUUUGUGAUCGUCGAAGUUUGGAGCAGGUUGCAGCGAGUGUUGGAGGCGACCGAGGAUCUCUCAGCCGGACGAGGUGCGGAUUCACGGUGGACCGAUUCAUGCCAGUUUGGCUGUAAGUGAGAUGACCCACGGACCUUGCGCAGGAAACUAUGUCAGAGCUUCUGAACUGGGCCCGCGACGCAGGGUGCGGAGCAGUUUUUUUUCGCGGUGCUAUCGGGGCCGCUGGCGAGUGUGGGGAGUUGUUUUCUUGUUGUGCGGGUUGGCUCUUCAUUCGGUCACGACGGUCGAAAAAUUCGACCUGUCGGUGUUCAUUUGAUUUGUUGCCGACGAACUAACUGUGUCGGCGACGAGGCUGACGGCCAAGGUUUUUGCCUCCCGUCUGUUCGCCGCGUCCGAAAGGGGGUGUAAAGA